AUGACGGGUCGAGAAUCGGAUGAAAUACCCCACCACUUGACCAAGGAAUCGCUUGUCGACUCUGUGCUGCAUCGAAGCUGCCAUCUCUGUCGCUUCAUCAUCUUCCAUCUAAAGACACAUUGGGCGAUAGAACACUUGGAAGGCAAGGAUGACCUGAAGGAAGAGUCUACGUCGCUCACAGAGAGCGAUUUUGCCGACUCGGACUUCGACCAUAAGGCGUUUCCAAGUGACCGCGUCGUCAUCCUUUCGUACAUGCUGGACAUGCCGGAGAAUCUCAACUUUCAUAUAAAAAUGAGCAAGAGUGGAGACUGGUUCGACGGUGUUUUCGGUCUUGUUGAGUUUGACUGCGAUGCUCUCAACCACGACUACAUCAAAGCGGCGAUUCCACGAUUUUGGAUUUUCAACGACAAAGACGCGACUAAAGAUGAGCUGGAAGGCGGGUAUAAGUUGCAGAAUAUGCCUCCGACAUUUCGCGAUGCAAUAAUGGUUGCCAGAUGGGCAGGUGUCCGCUACAUUUGGAUCGAUUCAUGCUGCAUCAAGCAGGACUCUCCUUCGGAUUGGGUGAAAGAAGCCAAGAUGAUGCGAAACGUGUAUCAAAACACAUACUUCAACAUCUCAGCUGACCACUCAGAGAACAGCCAAGGUGGAUUGUUUCGAGACCGCCUCGCAUAUAAAUACACUCCAUGUCCAUUCGAGGCACCGAACGCUGGGCAGGUCUACUUCCUCCCGCAAUUUGAUCUUAUGCAUCCUUUGACGCAAGCGCCGCUAGCUAGUCGAGCAUGGGUUACGCAAGAGCGAUUCCUGUCUCCUCGGAUCUUACACUUCACUACUGACCAACUCUUUUGGGAAUCGGUAGAUCUGUACGCGUGCGAGACUUUCCCACAAGGUAUGCCGCCAGUUUACGACAAUCCGACGAGCUGGCACUACAGGACUCACAUGAGUACCGAUCGUGCACAAGAGCCAGGCAAACCAGGUAUCUAUGAGGUCUGGGGACGCGUUUGUGAAGACUACUCGCGCUCCAGACUGACUUACACGUCUGAUAAACUGAUUGCCUUUGCAGGCAUCGCGGGUGAGUUCCAGUCUUCUUUGCCGCACGACAAAUACCUUGCUGGUCUCUGGAAGGGCGAUCUCGUUGUUGGUCUACUUUGGAAAGCUAUGGCUUUGGACGGAUGGCCGACUCAACCAAAUGGCUCACGCGAGACCUUUGCCGAUCCAUACAUCACUGCAGCUAAGCCCGACAAGUACCGCGCGCCUUCGUGGUCAUGGCUUUCCAAAGACAUGGGUAUAUUUUGGCAGACGCGGGCGCGUUACACGCCUCGCGUGAUGGUGGAUAUACUGGACGCUGAUGUAAGCUACGUUAAUGAGGAGGAUCGUGUCGGUAAUAUUCAAAGCGGACACAUCAAGCUGCGAGGACGUCUCCGCGAUGCGCAGUGGAGCAAAGAAGGCCAUAUCGAAUCAAUCAUCAUCGACGGCAAAUCUGGCGACCAGCUAAUCGUAUCACCCGAAAACCCAAAUGCUCCUCCCAAAGUUGACUCAUUUCACAUUCAGCGCGAUAUCGGCAUGGAACUUGACGUAAGAAACAUUGUCUGUCUCCCCAUGCGUCUGAGCGUCUCGCCAAAAGCAGUGUCGCAGGACAAUCCAAUUAUCGAAGGACUGAUUCUUCAACCCACUGGAGCGCAAGACACAUUCGAGCGGAUCGGAUACUUUGAGGCGAACGGAGAAGGAUACUGUCAGGCGCUACUAUACGAGCUUCGAGGACCAACGAAGGACCAUGAUCGCCCAUGGGAUACAUUGAAUCUGCAGCCUCUACCUGAAGACGGUGAUACUAGAGGGGAGAUGAAGUACACGUUCAACGACAAAGAUUUCAAGGAGGUUGAAAUGGUUGUGAUUACCAUAAUUUAG